CGCCUUCGAGCAUCGAGGAAGACGAGAGAGAAACGGAGAUGAUAUUGAAUUCUGCUGCUGGAAUAGCUAAGCUGCAUCCUCUCCUGCCUCUAUCGAACCCCAUACGCGCGUCUUCCACCAGCAGCACGGAACAGCUGCGCGAGGAACUCAGUCACCUUCAUUCUGAAGCAGAGAAUACAAGAGCCAAAGCAAAUAGUGCAAGACUGAGACUUCUGAGAUUGUCGGAGGCAGCUGAGAAGCUUCGGCGACAGGCAGCUAUUAGCGUACGAACAGGGAAGGAAGAUGACGCGAGGGAUCUACUUUUCCAGAAGAAGAAGGUUAUGCAAGCGUUGGAGAAGUCAAAGAGUCGCAUUAAGCUGUUUGAUGAACUGUCAGCAAAGCUUAACGAGGCAAUAUAUGUAAAAGAGAAUCAGCUAAUUGGGAAUAUUGAUUCGGAUCUGGCAAUUAGAACUGAAGAUACUUCAAGUCCAGUUCGAAUUGCCUCUUCGAAGCAGGGAGCUGCAGAAGAUUCAAAAGAAACUGAUUUCAAAUCUAAAGAUGUAAAGCUUACUGAAUAUCAACAUUUGCAAUCUAAGGGAGAGGAUCAUGCAAUGAUAACUAAUGACAGUGAGCAAGAGGCCCCUUCAUGCUCUGAUUUAGGGAGUGAAGAUGAAAUAGUAAACAGUAUGAAGGGAACAUCGUCGUAUGAGGACUUCAUGGAAAACCUGGACAACCAGCUAAACAUAAUUGAAGGUGAACUCGAUACUGUUCUGAGGGCUUCAACAGUACUAUUAGAAGGCGAGGACAAACAAAAAAAUUCAAGGGUGCAGCAAAUAGUGGAACUUCUAGAUAGCAUCCGGGUUAUCAGAAAUAGAGUCUCAAGUUUCCAGUUGGCAAAUGCGAACAUCAGAUGAUACUUGGCUUUGGGGCACAUGGUUCUUAUCUUUGUAAGGAGUUUGCGACUUUAAAGAACCGUAAUUUCUGCAAACUUCCGUUUCAAUUUUUUGAUUGCUUGUUGCGAGGUACCUUUCAUAUUCUAAACAAAAUUUCCGCAGUUGUUACUGUAAGUAAUACACAUGACUCGAUUGUUACAGGUUA